AUGGGAACUUUAAAAGAUUUGACAUCUGAAGCCGUGGAAGCUGAUUCAUAUCUUCGGAUUUAUGAAGCUAUCGAGGAUGCAUCAUGUAAAAUCCAGAUCCCCAUUCGUCAUCCGUGUGCUGUUAGAAAAGUAGUUUGGUCAUCAUUUGAUUAUAUGAGUGGACCUGAAUUAGGUUUUACAUGGGAAGCAGUGACAGCCUCAGAUGGGCCUACUCCAAGUGGCAAAAGCUCUGGUUCUGAUGGCUCACGUGAUAGUUCAAGUUUCACCUCAUCCAUUGCUAAAGCUGGUGGCAGUGUUGAUGAUUAUGAAGAAAUAGAUGAUGUAUACAAGAGUGAACUGUUGAUAGAAGCAGUAUCUGAUUUGCACGAUUGUGUCAUGUGCAUGGAUACUCAUUCUGAAGUUGAUCUAAUUUGCGGUCCUUGUAACCUCAAACUCGCGCGUGACAUGCAAAAACUAAAUAUUCUUAGCCACUGUUCUGAGCCGUUGUAUCUAGAUGAAUUUAUGACUGAUAGUCACUCAACUUGCGACGGCACUGCCACGUUACUAGACGAAGACAGUAGACAGGUAGAACAUUUGAGUACUUCGACGUCGAUGUCCAAAAACCAAAAUCUUGAUAUUGGUGGACGAAAAAACGAUGUCGAAGGAAGCGGCCCACAAGUACCAUCAAACUUAGUAGACCUCGAAAUGAAUUCGUUGAUUACUCAUCCUGAAGAAAUAUUAGCCUACAAAAGCUCAGAAGCUGCGCUAGAUAGCUCGUUAUCACCUAACGAGGCAUUAAUCGAGAGUGUUGAUGGAAUGACUAUUUCGGCUGUUGACUCUGGAAUAGCAGGCACAGUAUCAGCUCAUAGUGAUUUAUGUACAGCAGCUGUUGUUCAUUCAGAUGAAAUGUUGAAUCUUCAUUUGGAAGAAAAGGUAUAUGAAAGAUGCACUAAAAAAGAUGAGAACAUAAUGUUUCACUAUGGCGCAGAUGUUGAUUACGAUGCACUUUGUGAUUUAAUUGUGGACAAUGGAAGGAAUAACCUUUCUGAUGAGGAAUAUAUCACGAAAUUUGUUCUUGCUGAACAGAUUUGCAGUACACCAAUGCCGUCAAAUCCUGUGAUACACAAGUUGACACUGUUGCCGAAACGUCGGAUUUUUGUUGGCUCAUAUUUAUUCCAAAUAAAAAGUGAUGGUCGUACUGAUCGUUCUAUGUACGCGAUCUCUCUUAUUGGUGAAUACUCGAAGUGGGACUGGUACGUUGAGCGACAGAAUAUAAUCGAAGAAGUAUUCACCGAUAUUAUACCGCGUUUGCGAACUUCAUAUUUGACGGCAUGUUUUGGUUUAAUUCAAGGAGGUUCACUAAAUUUGCAGGAAACUAUGGAAGACUUUAUUUGUCGUACAACUAGAGAAAUUUCGAAGUUCAUGUUAAUAAUCGGUCUAGCCGAAGCCUAUCCUUUGUUUUCGAAAAAUAUUCACGAUAUUCGGCUUCAACAAACAUAUUUUGGUGAUAUAAAAUUAAAAGAUAAUUUAUUCUUAGCAAGAGCCAUCACGGCUAAUUAUUUAUCACAAGCGCGCUGUGUAAUUGUUGGUGAUAAUAGAGAAGAUGUUGUUAAGAUGAUGCUGACAUUGUAUCUGUUUGUCGCACCUGAGUGGCGGUGGUUGUGUAUCCAGCCAUACAAACAUGUUUAUUGCCCUUAUUUUCGUUUGCAGGCUAUUACAAGAGCUGAACUUAAUAAUGUAAUGCACUGUGGUGUAGAUUCACAUUGGCCUAUAUCAAUUGUUGACCUCGAUCGUCAAAUAGUAUGUAACUCUGCGCCUUAUUCAAAGCAUCGUAUUUUAAAGCUUUUGAAGCAAAAGAACGAUGUGUUGCAAAUACUAAAAGAAGCUGGUAUUGAUUCUAGUGCUUCAGCCAUGUCAAAAAUUGAUUUACGAAACUGCCAUACGGACACUCGCGUUGUAGACUUUCUGGUUAGAAUGGAUUGGUUACCUAUAGAAAAAUCUAUCCGUUUUGGAUUUGUGAACCAAUUUCGGUUAAUGAUCGAAAAUUCUGCCAGAGCAUUCAUUGCUUUCGUUCAAGAUAUUAGUGAACCCGAUUGCUCUUAUAAGCAGCAUGCAACAAGCUCAAAAUGGAAUCUUUGGUUUGUUCGGAAGUCGCUUAAUUUGACUAGCAAUACGUCAUUUCUAUUAACUUUGUCCGAGGCCGAGCGGAUCCUGCCAGAAAUUUCUGAUUUUAUAUAUGAAUCAAACGCUCUGUCGUAG